CAAUGUCGCGUGCGCUGCAUGCGAGGCCUGUCAGUGCUAGGAAGUGGUGUGUAUGCGUUUCGGUCAUGCUUUUUUCAGCCGAAUAACCACAUACUCGCGAACCGUGCACGUUAUAAGCUUCGCUUUCACACUUUUUACAUGAUCCCGGGAUAUUAAUAUAAAAAGGAGUACGUGGAGCUGAAUUGCCGGCAGGUGUUGUAUGAAUGCACAGACCUCAUUUUGCCAGGACGUCAUCAUGAAUAAAAACAAAAGAGAGAAGGAAUUCUACAGUAUAGAUGUGGGUGAUUCAACAUUCACAGUUCUGAAACGUUAUCAGAACCUGAGACCUAUCGGCUCAGGGGCACAGGGAAUUGUCUGUUCUGCAUAUGACCAACAUCUUGAAAGAAAUGUAGCUAUUAAGAAACUCAGCCGGCCCUUUCAGAAUCAGACACAUGCCAAGCGAGCAUACAGAGAGCUGGUGCUCAUGAAGUACGUCAACCAUAAAAACAUUAUCGGCCUUUUAAAUGUUUUUACACCACAAAAAACAUUUGAAGAAUUUCAAGAUGUUUACCUUGUAAUGGAGCUGAUGGAUGCCAACCUUUGCCAAGUCAUUCAGAUGGAGCUUGACCAUGAGCGGCUGUCCUAUCUGCUGUACCAGAUGCUGUGUGGAAUUAAACACCUCCAUGCGGCAGGGAUCAUCCACAGGGACCUGAAACCUAGUAACAUAGUAGUCAAGUCAGACUGUACCCUAAAGAUCCUGGACUUUGGCUUGGCCCGGACAGCGGCCACUGGUUUGCUGAUGACACCAUAUGUGGUGACCCGCUACUACAGAGCCCCUGAAGUCAUCCUGGGAAUGGGAUAUCAGGCCAACGUUGAUGUCUGGUCUGUUGGCUGUAUCAUGGCUGAAAUGGUCAGAGGUAGUGUGUUGUUUCCUGGCACUGAUCAUAUUGAUCAGUGGAACAAAGUCAUUGAGCAGCUGGGGACCCCAUCCCAAGAGUUCCUGAUGAAACUCAAUCAGUCUGUAAGGACGUAUGUGGAGAACCGGCCUCGCUAUGCCGGAUACAGCUUUGAGAAGCUUUUCCCUGAUGUUCUUUUCCCUGCUGAUUCAGAUCACAACAAGCUCAAAGCAAGCCAGGCCCGAGACCUGCUUUCUAAAAUGCUAGUUAUAGAUGCUUCCAAGCGCAUCUCAGUAGAUGAAGCUCUCCAGCACCCCUACAUUAAUGUGUGGUAUGAUCCAGCUGAGGUUGAGGCUCCGCCACCAGUGAUCACUGACAAGCAGUUGGAGGAAAGGGAGCACACAGUGGAAGAGUGGAAAGAGCUGAUUUAUAAGGAAGUGCUGGACUGGGAGGACAGGACGAAGAACGGUGUGAUCCGUGGCCAACCCCCUCCUCUAGGUGGAGCAGUAGUCAACGGCUCGCCUCAGGCUUCCUCCUCUUCCUCCAUCAACGAUGUGUCCUCCAUGUCUACAGAGCCCACCAUGGCGUCAGACACAGACAGCAGUCUGGAGGCCACAGCCGGAGCACUGAGCUGCUGCAGAUGACUAUCACCUUCCCCUGGAGCAUCGCUGUGUGUCGCAUGGUAUCAGAUUUAAGCCAGUCACUUUUGCUUUUCUUACUUCUCGUCUAUUUUUUUUUUCUUUUUUUAUCUAUAUUUUUAUUGGGUAAAGAAGGUUUGCAAUGCAGAGGCAAUGUAAAUACACAUGCAGAUUAACGAGUGUGUAGGUAGGAAUUAUUCGCUUCCUCUCUAAAUUCCGCAAUAUGAUCAUUUCGUUUUUCCAUCGAUAAGCUCCAGCAGCCCCUAACUACUAAAUGUGAGUGCUUUUAACUGUACUCACCUAAUUCUUCAUUUGAAAGAACAUACUGGUGUAGAAUGUAAAGACGAAAUUGUAAAUAUAUUUUUUUAUUUAUUUGAUUUCACUUUUUAUGUGCGUGAGGGGGUUCAUGUUUGAGUCGAUAUAUCUGGGGUUACAAGCUUCCUUAUAGCAUUUUGACAAUUUAGAUAGUGGACGUAAAAUAUUCAAUAGUGCAGAAAUUGCUAUCAGUGUAGAAUAGCUAUUUCAUUUCCAUGGUUUUAUCUACUUGGUGGUUUCUAAAGCUCAGACCCCUGAAUAUUCCUUUUAUUUGAGCAAGUAAUCGUUUAUGGCAUCCGAACUACUUCAUAUAUACCGUAUAAAGGUUAUUUAAUGAAGCUGCAUGGCUCACUAGUUUUUGCUGCAGUUUUAUAAAUGUCCAUUUUUCUGGUUGAUUGUGGCAAUAAAUGACUCGUUUUUUUUCAAAUCAUUAUUUUCCAAUGUUGGUACAGCCUGAUCUGAACUUUAAUUUAGCAUUUAAUCUAAUUUAAACAGUAUUAAAGGUAGUUCUGUUAUACUUGAAAUGCUGUCCUGCAUUGAAUGUGGAGUAGGUCGUUGCUAAUCAAGGAAAGUAUUCUCAUUUUUGUAUGUAAAAUCUGUUUAUAGUUCAUGACAUCAGCUGAUUUAUAAUUUUUUAUUAUUUUUUUGUGAAAUGUAACAAAAAAUAUUCAACAUCCUUUAAAGGUAUUUUUAUUUAUAUUUUUGGAAACGAUGGAAAGAUCUGUAGUAAGCAGCGCUGUAAUAAUAAAUGUUUAGUGUGUGUGUGUGUAUGAGUUGCAUUAGCUGCUUGUGUACUGCAUUACAGGAGGGUUUUACACUAAUUGCUGAAAGUUUGAGUUGUCUGUUUGUGCCAUGUGGGGCUUUUUUUCUUCUUCCCCCAAAGAUUUUAAUUUAAAUGUGUAAAAAUAAGUUGCUGACAAAGAAUGAAUGGUUAAUUAAUGUUGGUUGAAACAGAUGUUUUGUCAGCAUUCUUAAAAAUAAAAAUAAAAAAGGAAGGAAAAAAGAAACAGAAGUUUUGUCAGAAAAAGUAGGUUUUGGGUUUCCAUAAUUAGUAAUUUUAAGUGCUCUUAUGGCUGUAAUGAAAACCCUAAUUGACUCAUUGGAAAUCGUAGCAUGUAGUUAACCCUGGAAAUAAAUUGGAAUUUGCACAGAAA